AAGGUGCGUUUCCUGGAUUUCACCCGUUGGCCGUUUUAAUCCGCUCGUCCUUUUGUUUUCUUCUCGGCCAUGCAGCCUUACAUGGUAAACAUCAAACUUUCGGCUCGGACCCUCACUGGGGCCCUUAACCCUCAGAAUAGAGGAGCCGCAGACUGGGGCUGGCAAGGACUGAUUGCAUAUGGAUGCCAUUCUCUCAUUCUGGUGAUUGACUCCAAAACUGCUCAGACCUUACAGGUUUUGGAAAAGCACAAGGCUACUGUAGUCAAGGUUAAAUGGGCUAAAGAAAACUACCAUCACAAUAUUGGAUCACCUUAUGCUUUGCGUUUGGCUACUGCUGAUGCUAGUGGAAAAAUAAUUGUUUGGGAUGUAGCUACAGGAACUUCUCGCUGUGAAAUCCAAGAGCAUACAAAACCAAUUCAAGACAUGCAGUGGUUAUGGAAUCAGGAUGCAUCUCGAGAUUUACUCCUGGCUGUUCAUCCUCCCAAUUAUAUCGUGUUAUGGAAUGCCGAUACUGGCACCAAAUUAUGGAAGAAAAAGUUACGCAGAAAACAUUCUUUCUUUUUCAUUGAUCCUUUUGAUCCUUCAAAUUUAACGUGUAAGUAUGAUAUCAGAGAGCUAGUGGUUUUCUAA